AUGGCACAGGUGUUAGGCGAUCCAGUGGCCGCGCCACCUGGUGACGGGAUCUCCAGAGUGCGAUUCAGCCCCUCCAGCAGCAACACGCUGCUAUCAUCGUCAUGGGAUGGGACGGCCCGGCUAUAUGACCCCUCUGGCGCGCCGCGCGGCGUCUACGUGCACCCGGCCCCGCUGCUGGACUGCGCGUUUGAGCGGGAAGGGGGCGCCUUCUACACUGGCGGGCUAGACUGCAGAGUGACCAGGGUCGACGCGACCACCUCGCAGCAGCUCGUGCUAGGCGCGCACGCGGCACCCAUAAAGUGCGUCGAGUGGCUCGAGUCUAAGGGGGUGGCAGUCACAGCCAGCUGGGACCUGACGCUGCGGCUGUGGGACCCGCGCUGCGCGCCGGCGGCGGCCAACGUCGGCACCGCCGAGCUGCCCGGCAAGGCGUAUACUCUGGGGUUGGGCGGCAGCCGGCUGGUCGUCGGCACGUCGGCGCGGCAUGUUUGGAUAUAUGACAUAGACAACGGGCGCGCAGUCUGCGGCCGCGCGGCGCGGCCGGCGCAGGGCUGGGCGCCUCCCCGCCCCGCCGUCUCCGCCGCCUGCGCCGCCGGCACCCUCAAGUACCAGACGCGGUGCAUCGCCGCCCACCCGGGCGGCUACGCGCUGGGCAGCGUUGAGGGGCGGGUGGCUAUGGAGUACUUUGACACGUCACCAGAGGCGCAGCGCGCCAAGUACGCGUUCAAGCGGCUACGCGGCGCCGUAGCUCGCUCGGCGCCUUAG